GAGAGUCUGUGCGCGGGGUACUGCUUGUGUCGAGCGGAGAACUUCUAGAGCGAUUUGGAAUCCUUGAUAUAGACAUCUAGGAUCUGGUGCCUUUCCAAAUAUGUCAAAACUGACUGCAUGGCUAUUCAUUGGGAUACUUUAGGCAAAGAUACUUCCUCAAGGCUGAUGGUGUGAAAUUGCCUUUUUGGACUGCAUUUGUGGAAAUACAUAUCACCUGACUGGAUACGUGACUGCUGUCAUGGAUCAAAACAACAGCUUGCCACCCUAUGCCCAGGGUUUAGCAUCCCCUCAGAGUGCAAUGACUCCUGGCAUCCCUAUUUUCAGUCCCAUGAUGCCUUAUGGCACAGGGCUCACCCCGCAGCCUGUUCAAAGCACCAAUAGUUUAUCUAUACUGGAAGAGCAGCAAAGGCAGCAGCAGCAAGCAGCCGCACAGCAGUCUACGUCCCAGCCAACCCAGGGAGUAUCUGGUCAGACGCCACAGCUCUUCCAUUCUCAGACGCUUACUACUGCUCCCUUGCCAGGAACCACACCUCUCUACCCAUCUCCAAUGACUCCCAUGACCCCAAUAACUCCUGCAACGCCUGCUUCUGAAAGCUCGGGGAUUGUACCACAGCUUCAGAAUAUUGUAUCUACAGUAAAUCUUGGCUGCAAACUGGACCUGAAAACGAUUGCCCUUCGUGCUCGAAAUGCUGAAUACAACCCUAAGCGUUUUGCUGCUGUGAUUAUGAGAAUAAGAGAGCCACGUACCACUGCCCUUAUAUUCAGCUCUGGGAAAAUGGUGUGUACAGGGGCUAAAAGUGAAGAGCAGUCAAGGUUGGCUGCCAGAAAGUAUGCCAGAGUUGUGCAGAAGUUGGGCUUCCCAGCCAAAUUCUUGGAUUUUAAGAUUCAGAAUAUGGUGGGCAGUUGUGAUGUAAAAUUCCCCAUCAGGCUUGAGGGACUGGUACUCACACACCAACAAUUUAGCAGUUAUGAGCCGGAGCUUUUCCCUGGUUUAAUUUACAGAAUGAUCAAGCCAAGAAUUGUCCUCCUUAUAUUUGUUUCUGGGAAAGUAGUUUUAACUGGUGCAAAAGUCAGAGCUGAAAUUUAUGAAGCAUUUGAAAAUAUAUAUCCUAUUUUAAAAGGAUUCAGAAAGACCACGUAACAGUUCCCAGUGCUUACCGAAGAAGUUGGCACAUUUUAAAAGGUAUUGACUAUGGCACAGCAGUAAAACGUGGAAGAUUUACAGACUGCAACAGUCCAGACUUGGAGUAUUUUUCCCAGUUAGUGCCUAUUCCCUGAUCUUUAUGGGAAGGGGAGCUCUCUUUGCGUAUUAUGUCUGUACUGAAUUUCUGUGAGUUGCUUUAUUGGGGCUCUCUUUGGAGGAACCGUUGAGUUUUUAUUUAUAUUUUAGUUUUUAAACCGUUUUAAUGUCUAAUCUUUUUAUUUGGAAAUCUCAUGCUGGCAGGUUGAUUCAAGAGAAAAAUAACCAUGUUAUCCAAUAAUCAAUACUUUGGUUACAGUAUUAAGGUCUUUCAGCCAUUGAUUUUAUGGUCAAAUUUUAAUUCAACAUUUCUAGACCUACUUUGUGCCACAGACACACAUUCCCUAUUUCCAGUGU